AGUUUCUGUUUUGAUUUGUCAGUGGAAAAAGAGAAAGAAAGAGAGAGAGAGAGAGAGAGAGAGAGUAGGGUCCAUCUCCGCCAUAGCCAAAGACCUCUUUCUCUCCCACCUCAUACCUCUCCCUCAUACCCAUCAUUGCCCCCGACGAAUCUCUCCUCUCUCUCUCUCUCUCUCUCUAAUAGGAGAAAACAAAACCAUUUCCUUAGUCUCUGUGUCUCUCUCUUUCAUCAUCUCUUUUAAGUCUUUACCUUUUGGUGGUUCUUGGGAAGAAAAGAGAAAGAAAGAAACCCCAAGAAAAAGAAAAACUCCUAACAAGAAGAGAAAUUGAGAGCUGGUGUUUUCUUUAAUGGGCAUGAAUUCGUAACUUACAUAAUAAAGUUUGUUUCAUUUUUUCAUUUUUACAAUAUAUAUAUAUAUAUAUAGUAAUCUAUCUAUAUUUGUUCUAUCUCUCUGCGUGUGUUGGUUUGGGAAUAUAAUGGGUAACUGUUGGUGUAGCUUUGAGCCCUUAAACCACAGAGUCUCUGCUAACGCUAAAUCAGAGUCACCAAAAGAACAGAGUCCAACAGUAGAAGAUAAAUAUAUUAAGGAAGCUCAAAAGCUGCCAUCAAACCCAAAAGAAGUUGAGGAUCUAAGGCGUGACUCAGCAACUAAUCCUCUUAUAGCUUUCACAUACGAUGAGCUUAAGAACAUUACAGGUAAUUUCAGACAAGACAGAGUUCUUGGUGGUGGUGGUUUCGGAAGUGUUUACAAAGGUUUCAUAAAAGAGGAUUUGGGUGAUCAAGAUGUUCCUCAACCACUUCCUGUUGCCGUUAAAGUGCACGACGGAGAUAAUAGCUUUCAGGGUCACAGAGAAUGGCUGGCAGAGGUGAUAUUCUUGGGGCAGCUUUCACAUCCAAACUUAGUGAAAUUGAUUGGUUAUUGCUGUGAGGAUACUCACAGGGUGCUAAUUUACGAGUACAUGGCUCGUGGUAGCGUGGAGAAUAAUCUUUUCUCAAGAGUGUUACUUCCUCUGUCAUGGGCAAUUAGAAUGAAGAUUGCUUUUGGAGCAGCAAAAGGACUUGCCUUUCUACACGAAGCAAAGAAACCCGUCAUUUAUCGCGAUUUCAAAACCUCCAACAUUCUUCUAGAUAUGGAAUACAAUGCCAAAUUAUCUGACUUUGGACUUGCUAAAGACGGUCCUGUAGGAGAUAAAUCACAUGUUUCCACUCGCAUAAUGGGUACUUAUGGUUAUGCAGCUCCUGAAUACAUCAUGACAGGUCAUUUGACACCGGGAAGUGAUGUAUAUAGCUUCGGUGUAGUUCUGUUAGAGCUUCUAACAGGAAGAAAAUCAUUAGACAAGUCACGGCCUACUCGUGAGCAAAACCUCAUAGAUUGGGCUCUUCCAUUGUUGAAGGAGAAGAAGAAAGUCUUGAACAUAGUAGACCCAAGAAUGAACUGUGAAUACCCGGUAAAAGCGGUUCAAAAGGCUGCAAUGCUAGCUUACCAUUGCCUUAACAGAAACCCGAAGGCUCGACCUUUGAUGCGGGACAUUGUAGAUUCUUUGGAGCCUCUUCAGGCCACAGAAGAAGAGGCCUUACUCGUCCCAACUGUUCAGAAAGCAGUAAUUACCAUUAUCGACGAAAUGCCUAAGAAUGGAUUGAAGAAACUUGAAGAACCGAAGAAGGUUGAAGUGGUGAAGAAUGUUAUUUAAGAUGAUGCUAAUUCAUAUUGUAAUUGAUCACUUGGUUUUUUUUUUCUUUUUCUUUUUCCCUUAAUAUACAAUUUGAAAAGUGGAAAGUAGAUUGUGUUAUGUGUAUUUUGUUGACUAAAUACAGAUUAAGAGAGAUACAAAGGUUUGUGAAUUUUCUUCUUCUAGUGAAAUACAGAGUUUUUGAACC